AGUAAAAAUACGGGGUAUCUUAGAUAUAUUCAAUUUAUAAGCGGACUAAAACAGAUUGGCAAUCCCCGUACUGAAAAUAAAUACAUAGCUUGCAGAAGAGCAAAAAUAUAUUCCAACUCCACAAUGGCUACUCAGAGCGUUUGCCCCCAGUCUUCCAGCUCUGUGACAGUAGCAGAGAAAUAUGGAAGCAGCAAGGCAUUUUGCAAGUGUGGAGAAGGGUGGACCUGUGUCAUCACUAGAACAGAGGGCCCCGAUGCAGGCAAGACCUUCUUCAAAUGUGGUGGAAAUUGCUGUUGUAUUAUAGAAGCAGAUGGGACAGUUACAAAGGCUGAAGACCUAGACAACCUACCAGAGGAGCUAAAAAAUACUGGUCCAGCAGAUGCAUACUGCAAAUGUGGUGAAGGUUGGAGUUGUGUCGUCUCCAGGAUUGAAGAUCCUACCCCUGCGGCUAAACCAUUCUAUGAAUGCGCCGGAAGUUGCAGUUGUGUUACUGAAUAAUCCUAAGGGACGAGAAGAAAAUAAAACUGGUUUGGAUUCGUAUGCCCAAGUACCUGUUCUAUGAGAAUAUGCGGCUUGUUUGUGUUUAAACCAAGAUUGGGGCUUUUGUGUCAUAAAUAAGUUUGCCAUAGCAGCUAAGUUAAUUUGCAUACUGAACCUACAUGCUCUCUAAGAAUCUUAGUUUGUUUGUGUCUUAAACCAAAGAUUAGGGUAUUGUGUCAUGAAAGAGUUUGCCAUGGCGUCUCAGUCAAUUUGAUCCAGAAUAAAAGAACUAUGCUCAGUAUAGAUUUCUUC